ACUUCCUGAUCACACUGAGCCACCUUAAGGACUCAAACACAUCCUGUCGUCUCCUGUGGUACAUUAAGCCGCCCUGUGUCAGUCUUGCUCAGACCUUGCUCUGUACCGACACAGUCACAUCCUCGUGUCCCUCCCGUGUCAGACGAAAGACCCGAAGUCUUCUUGCAGAAUGUCCUCUGCGAUGAUCUUGCUGCUGGUUGGCUCGAUGGCAGUGUGGCUGUCCGCUGCUGGCCGUCCUGAGGUUGUCGCCGCUCGUCUGUUUGAGUUUCGCGAGAGUUUUCUGGAAGAAGAAAGUUCCGACCUGCAACCGAUUUCACUGGACUUGGAGGAGACACAGGAACUGGCAGACCUGUUGAGAGAGGAAGUGACACUUGAACCCAAUGGCUGCUCGUGUUCCGGGGCAUCAAAAUCCUGCAGCUGCUGCGCCCGGAUCAGUAUCAAGAAGAUAAAAUUUGAGUCAACCGUGUGUGCCAACGUAGCAUACGACCCUCGCCAGAUCGGUUUUGUUUUUACUCUGACGAAUAACGGCAAAGUGAUUUUCCAGAAAAGUAUCACUGUGAAAAACCCUCCAGCCCUUUGUGUCGGGGUGCCAAAGGUUAAGCUGGCUCAGCUCUGUGUCCAGUUCUACAACCUUGACUGGGACAGCAAACACUUCACAGGAUGCUCUCGUCUUCAGGCUAAACUCGUGAAGAAAGUGGUUGCCCAGGUCGAGCUGGGAUGUUUCAAAGUCUUGGUCCCUUCAGCCAAAGUCUGGGCCCAGCGAUCCUACCAGGGUAUCUGGAGUUUCCAAAUGUUACACAAUCUCAGGAGGCGAUGCAGGGGAGACAAUCAGGGAUUAUGACAGCGUGGAGCCGUCUAGAGACAACUCUGUUCUCAAGUUCCGCUCCAGUGAGCCACAGGAAAUGAUGUCACGUCUGCUUCACCUUCUACAGCAGGCGCAAGCUCCUGACGAGGACUAAAGGCUUCCUUUUCCUUUUCAAACCUUUCAAAGCCAACAAGAUAUAUUCUGCAGAAGUUUUCUUUGAAAGAGUCAAAAAACUUAUUACGAAAUGUUGCACUGUGACGUCAUCACAAGUAACAGUUGUAACCUGUAUUACUGAGCGAAACUCCUGCAUCUCAUUCCAUGGCAUCCAACAUUUUUCUACUCUCAAAUUACAGGCAGAAUAAUCACCCACACCUAAUCGCCUAAUUGUAGACACUUAGUUGCCUUUGCUGAUGACUCGGUUGACUUCUCUGCUGUUAUGCUAGGUUCUGUGACUGAGUACGUGUUCUGUGAUUAUCAGUCCGUAUGUUGUGUUCGCACCCCUCUAGUUUCGUACGAAGCAAAAUAAAAUAAAAUUGUAUUAUUAAGGUUGCAUCAGAUUUGGGGCGUGUGUGCCGACACCAGCCCUCGCUCACACUGAAUAAUAAAGAUAUCACUCACAUUGACAGCACGUGAGCAAG